AUGCCCACUUGUUUCAAGUCUCUGUACCCAAACUGCAGGGGUAUCAUUGAUGCAUCUGAGAUAAAGGUCCAAGCACCAUCAAGUUUAAUGUUAAAUGGUGCAAUGUACUCAUCGUACAAAAGCCAUACCACCAAUAAGGGAAAUGUUGUUAUUUCACCAUCUGGGGAAAUAAUUCACAUCAGUUGUUUAUUUGAGGGGUCAAUAUCAGAUAAAGAGCUGGUGAAGCAAUCUGGUCUUUUGCCAUUGCUUCAGCCUGGGGAUCAGAUUAUGGCUGAUAAGGGCUCUGUUAUACAAGAUCUACUCACACCUCUUGGUUACAGUGUAGUGAUGCCAUCAUUUUUAAGCAGCAACCAACAGUUUUCCAAAUGUGAACUCCAGGAGAGCACAAAAAUUCACAACCUUCGAGUGCAUGUUGAAAGGGCCAUAAGGAGAGUCGAGGAGUUCCAUUACUUUGAUAGGGUAAUCCCACUGACUAUGGCAGGCAGUAUAAACCAGAUAUGGACAGUGUCACGUCUAAUUACAAACUUUCAGGGACCUUUAUUUUAUGAAUAA